GCGAGCUUGGGUUGCCAGCCGGCGAGCAGCGCGUCCAGCAGCCACAGGUCGUGCAUGAUGUGGUGGGGGUACCUGGCGGUUCUUCCUGCGCUCCUCUUGGCGCUCUACAAGGCGCUGGGCUGGCGGGGCCGCUCCCGGAACCCUUUCCAGGAAGACUCCCGGCGGCCGCCCGCGCCUCUGGUCACCGACAAGAACGCGCGCAAGAAGGUGCUCAAGCAAGUGUUUUCCGCGGACAAGGUUCCUCAGCACCUGGAUGCCAUUGUCAUUGGAAGCGGUUACGGAGGCCUGGCUUUAGCUGUGAUCCUCUCCAAAGCUGGGAAGAGUGUGCUGGUCCUGGAGCAACAUGGGAAGGCUGGGGGCUGCUGCCACACUUUCAAUCAGCAAGGCUUUGAGUUUGACGUAGGUAUCCAUUAUGUAGGGCAGAUGCUGGAGAAUUCUUUUCAACGCAUGAUUAGUGACCAGCUCACAGAUGGACAACUCCAGUGGGCAAAAAUGGACUCUCCCUAUGAUAUAGUCAUUCUGGGAGAUCCUAAUAAUGGCAAGAAGUAUUAUUUAUACAGUGGACAGAAGGAACAUGUUGAUGGCUUAAAGAAACAAUUUCCAGAUGAAGCUGCUGCGAUCGACAGCUUUGUGGCACUUGUAAAGAAAAUUUCCCAAGGAAGUAGCCACAUGUUUCUCCUGAAAAUGCUCCCAAUGCCUUUGGUCAGGCUUCUGAACUCGACUGGCUUGCUGGCCUUCAUCUCUCCUUUCUGUAGAAUGUUAUCCAAAAGCCUUUCAGAAGUCACUGCAGAGCUCACGACGAACAUGGAUUUGAAAGCAUUGUUCAGCUAUAUCUUCCCUACAUAUGGAGUGAUUCCCACAGAGUCCAGCUUCCCCCUGCAUGCACUGAUUUAUAAUCACUACCUGAAAGGUGGCUGGUAUCCUCAAGGAGGUGCCAGUGAAAUCGCGUUCCACUCCAUCCCCAUCAUUGAACGGGCUGGAGGAGCUGUCCUUACCAAAGCACCUGUGCAGAGCAUUUUAGUGAAUUCCCAAGGGAAAGCCUGUGGUGUAAGUGUUAAGAAAGGGCAGGAUAUGAUCAAUGUCUAUGCUCCUGUUGUGAUUUCGGAUGCUGGAAUCUUCAACACCUAUGAGCGGCUGUUGCCAGAGAAGUUGCGAGCUUUGCCAAGUGUUCAAAACCAGCUGUCCAUGGUCCGGCAUGGUGUCGGUGGAUUCAGUGUCUUCGUAGGACUCAGAGGCUCAAAUGAGGAAUUGGGACUAGAAGCCAAAAACCAUUACGUCUACUCACAAAACAACUUGGAUGAAGCGUUCAAAUUAUACCUGAAUUCCUCAAGAGAAACUGCUGCAAAGAAUAUACCUUUUGUGUAUUUCUCCUCUCCAUCAGCUAAGGACCCACUGUGGGAGAAGAAGUACCCAGGCAAGUCCACUCUGGCCAUCAUGACAGCAGCAAGAUACGAAUGGUUUGAGGAAUGGAAGGAAGAGCAGGUCUGCAAAAGGGGAGCAGAGUAUGAGGAUGUUAAAAAUACUUUUGUGGAGGCUCUGUUGGAAACUCUUUUUGCAGUUUUUCCUAAAGUAAAAGAUAAGGUAAGGGAAUGUUUGAAUUUUAUAAUGAAUUCUUUCUCACCUAACUUCAUCUGUCCACUGAGCCGGCACAAUGUAUUAAAAUAGACCCAACUGAGCUUGUGUUUGCACCUCUCAUUUCACCAUCACAGGACUGAAGAGAUGAAACGUGUUCAAAUGUGGAUUGUCAUGAACAAUGUGUGAUUCAAUUGUUUGUUCAGCCGAAUUUAUAUAAAAUAGACCAAGUAGCUAAGUAAAAAGUAUAUUUGGGGGCAACCAAAGAAAGAAUUUUUUUUAGUGGAAGAGAAGGCCUAUGCAAAGAGGAU